GGUGAAAGAAGAAACACGAAAAAUAAUCAUCACUAACAUCUCAGAUACAUACAUACAAUUACGAACAUUGCUUUGAUUCACGAAACUCCUCUUCUCUGCUUCAGCAUCCCAAAAUGGGCGACAAACGCAAGAAGCACCGUCGUUCGCGUGAUUCAACCUCCCCUUCUUCAUCCUCUCCCUGCACUGACUCCGAUUCCGACUCCGACCACUCUUCUCGUCGCCGCCGUCAUCGCCGUGAAAAGGAACGACGCAGAAAAAGCGACGGAAGCUCCAAACGUGAAAGAGAGAGCAAGAGAAAGGAAAAGAGAAAACGGAGAGACAGAGAUAGGAGAAAAUCCAAGAGGCAUCAUCACUAUUCCGAUGACUCCCAAUCUUCCGAAGAUGAAAUUCAUCCCCAAAUCGCACUCCGUGAAAUGAUGACUGAGUUUCCCAAUGUUGGCAACGAUUUGAUGCAGUUAUUGCAAAUGAUUGAUAAUGGACAAGCUGUGGACAUAAAGGAUAUAUCAGAGAAAUCUCUAGUGAAGCAUUUAAAGAGGCUUUUCAUUUCCUUAAAUCUUAAGGAAAAUGGGGAUAGAGUUUUUUUACUUCCUUCUAAAGCCUCCCCUACUUUAGAUGUUGUUGGUCCUCUAAUUCAAUCUAUGCAUCCUGGGAAUGAUCAAGCUGAUCCUUCUGCGGAAUUUCCCGAAACAUGUUCGGUUUCAGCUGAGCAGAUGGUAGAUGACCAUUCGACAGAACCUCCUGAGGAUCAUUCUGUUGGUCCUAGAAAAAGGGUGAUUGGCCCUGCAAUGCCGUCUGCUGAGUUACUUGCUGCUGCUGCCAAAUUAACAGAAGCACAAAAUGAAUUCAGAGAAGCUGAUUUGGACGACGAUACUGAACUAUUUGUGGGACCUCCACCUCCUGCUAUGGUUUCUGAAGCAGAAUCAGCUAACGAAGCAGAACGUUUUGAAGAGGUCACCAGGAUAAUGGAAGUUGAGAUCAACAGCCCAUAUGAUGUUCUAGGAGUUAACCAUAAUAUGUCCGAUGGUAACAUAAAGAAAAAGUACUGGAAGAUAUCACUAUUAGUUCAUCCAGAUAAAUGCUCUCAUCCACAAGCCAAUCAAGCAUUUAUUAAAUUAAAUAAAGCUUUCAAAGAGUUACAAGAUCCAGAAAAGCGGAAAGAAAUGGAUGAGAAAAUCAAACUCAAGCAAGAACAGGAGGACUUAAAGGCUGAACUUAAAGUCAUGCGAGAGGCUGCACUGUGGAGAAGAUCUCAAGGUAUAUCCAUGGAGGGCGAUGAUGAGCUUCUGGCACAGACAGAGGUUAAAGUGGAUCCCAAAAGAGAUGAAUGGAUGACAACACUGCCUCCGGAGAGGAAACCUGGUGGUGUGAGCAUGCAAUCGACCCAAUUUAGCCGGGGCACAAAGGAAGGUAGAGGAGACACUAGUAUUUGGACAGACACCCCGACUGACAGAGCUCAGAAAGCAAAGAUGAAUUAUUUGGAAGCAUACAAUCAGGCCACUGCACUAGCCUCAAACGAAGAAGAAAAGAAAAGGGCUAGUACGGAUGCAGAUUUGGUGGACAAAUAUAACAAAGCAAAACGAUCAAAAACGUUGGUGCAAAAACAUCGAGAAGAGGUUGCUAGCAAAUCCAAGAAAAAGUCCAACCAACAGACAGAUAAGGGAGAAUGGGUGGGUCAACAUCCAUGGAAGCCAUGGGACCGUGAAAAGGAUCUGGGAGCUGGGAGGAUGAAAGUAAAACUUGAUGCAGAAGGCAUGUCUGAGGGAUUAUCUUCAAGGUUUAAUUCUGGAAACUUUCAAAGGAACUUCCUUUGAUUCGAUCAAGAGUCAGUUUGCAUGUCAUCUGUCAAUCACUUUGUCUGGUCAAAGAUAUGUCCAACAAGCUUCUUGGAGAUUGGAUUAUUCAUUUUCCAGAUGGUGCUGUAUACAAUCACGUGCUUCAAAUGCAAUGUAGAGUUCUGAUUCUGCAAUUGGCUCGAGUACAAUUUUCAUUAAUAUACAGAUGUAUAUCUUUGAAGCAUGUUUAUGUGUAGUAUUUAUGUUUGUCGCACGUGGUUAUAGCUAGAAAAAUAGUGAAGAUAGUAUGCGUCUGGUGUAAAGUAUAUAUUUGAUUAACUGGCUGUGUGGUUUUACUGUCAUCGUUGGUCUUAAAAAAUAUCACUUAUAUACUACACUACACUGCAUAUGGUUCCAAGUAUUAGAUUCUCCACCUCA